AUGAUAUAUCAGCCAGCAUCAGCUACUACUAUUUUUCAAAAUACAUCUUCAUCUUUUUAAUUUUUUAGAAUACCCUGUAGAUUAACCAUUUAUCAGAGUUUGUUUAUAUAAGUCUAGACGUUAGCGCAAGCUGUUACCAUCUAGAUUGUCUGUAUAAUUAUAUAUAAACUAAAAAUUUAUUAUUUCUCAAAUUUUAAAAUUAUUCUCUAAAUUAAUAAAACUAGAUCUUUCCAUUUACAAUAAUAGUUUUUGAUAAUUUGUUUAGAGAAUAAGCCAACAAACAUUUUUAAAUUUUUUGAUUUUUUUGAUUGCCGUUCUUCCCUCAUUGUAAAUUUAAAUUUUUUGUAAGGCAUUAUGAAAUUAUAUUUACUUUUAUUUUCAUUUUUUUCAUUUUUUUAUUUUGAAGUUAUUUUUAUCAAUUUUUAUUUUUUUUACUUCAAAUAAUAUUUGCUUUUUUCAAAUAAAUAUUAUUUUUAUCACCAUUUUUGA